AUGACGUCGUUAAAGCCGUCCAGCCUCCUUGUGUCGCCUAGCAGCGUCACGGGAAACGCUGUCACUGUCGCCGGCGCUAGCAUCAGCAGCAGCAGCAGCAGCAAGAGCAAAUCGAAACUACGGGGGGGGGCCGCGAUGCGGCGAGUGAGGCAGCGCCUGCGCAGCCGACUGCGCGCCGAUGUGCGGCUCGGCAGCGUGAAGGCCUUCGGGGACCUUCUGACAAGGCUGCACCGUGACGUGGCAGAGUCCGUCAAGCUCCCACUCUCCCGCAUUUUCCGGAGCUACACGUACACGAUGAACGCGUUCGGAGCGCGGUUGACGCCGAAGCAGGUCCACAAGCUCCGGCGACACGCGGCGGUCGCGAUGGUGCGACCGGAUAGGCUGGUGCAGCAGCGGACAGUGCAUGUGCCGACGUUUCUGGAGCUGCCUGCGACGCUCUGGGGCAGCAAUGGCGGGCAGAAGAAGGCGGGCGAGGGGAUGAUUAUCGGCGUGGUGGACUCGGGGAUCUGGCCGGAGCACCCUUCGUUCGACGACGCGGGCUACGGGCCGAUCCCCGCGCGGUGGUCGGGGCUGUGCAUGAAUACGAGCGACUUCAACGGCGCGUGCAACCGCAAGGUGAUCGGCGCGCGCACGUACAGUGCGGGGCUCAAGACGGCGGACGUGCCCAUCGACUUCUCCGCGGAUUACGCGUCGCCGCGCGACAACAACGGCCAUGGCUCCUGGUGCUCCGGCGCCGCAGCGGGCAACGCGGGAAUCCAGGUGCGCAUCGGCGGAACCUCGUACGGGGCCGCGUCGGGGAUCGCGCCGCGCGCGCGCAUCGCGAUGUACAAGGCGAUGUGGAAGCUGGUGGGGUACGAGGGCGCCUCGGGCGCCAUGAGUGACGUGUACGCAGCCGUCGAUCAGGCCGUAUCGGACGGCGUGGAUGUGGUCUCCAUCUCCGUGGGCGGCGGGCUCGGGAGCUACUUUGAUGACGUCACGUUCGUGACGGCGGCUAAGGCGGGGGUGUUCGCGGCGCUGGCGGCGGGCAACCAGGGCAUGCCGCCGCUGUCGCCGUCCGUGUUCGCGACGAUCGACAACUACUCGCCCUUCUACCUCACCGUCGGCGCCAGCGGCACGGACCGGCGGUACAUGGCAACGCUGACGCUGGGGAACGGGGUGCAGCUGCGGGGGCUCAGUUGGGGCGGCACCAACAAGCAGAUGACGCUCGUUGACGGCUCUUCCGCCGUCAAGCCCUAUGCCAGCGCCACCAAGGCGCGCCUGUGCUACUCGACUUCGCUCACAGCCUCCAAGGUGGCGGGAAAGAUACUGGUGUGCGCGCGGGGCGAGAACACGCUGGGGGACAAGCUGCAGGCGGCCACAGCCGCGGGCGCAGCAGCGCUGGUGAUCGCGAACGUGGCGGGUGGGGUGAACAACACGGUAUUCCUGCGCGCGGCUAUCCCGGUGAUUCAUCUCAACGCGACGGCGUCGGAGGCGCUGCUGAAAUACAUAUCCAUGGGCAGGUAA